GCACUUUCCAAAUUGGCUAUUCUUAUGAAAGAUGCGCUAGAUAUAGGAAUUUAUGAUGAAACAUACGGUAUACUCAUCAAUGGAAACAGAAUAGAGUUUUGGAGAAUCACUCUAAAUUAUGAUGGUUUAUAUCAGUUGGUGUCUCUAGUUGAAAUGACUUUUCCCACCAAGGUAGCAGAGUUCCUUGUGAUUCUCUCUGUCAUGGAGAGAUGUUAUGAAUUAAAAGAGCUCGUUCUUGGAACUGAACAACGUAAUAUGAGAAAGAGUAACUCCAGACUGAAUGAAAACUAUCAGCAUGAUUCAAACUCUAGUCCUAUGAAGACAAAA